AUGGCGCCUCAGAAGCGCAAGAUACCGCAUGAUGUCGAACCAGAGUUACCGCGUCGCGCGACUAGACAACAUCCUGCGCCCAAUAGCGACGAACAUCUACUACGAAGCGGUCGUCGCCCUACUACUUCCGACAAGCUGCUAAAACCUCCCCCCACACCGCGCUCAGAUCGCAACAUCGAUAAGGUCGUGUUAGGUAAUAUCUGUUUCAAGGCGUGGUACCCCUCGUACUAUGGCAAGGAGGUGCUAGGCGACAUAUCGCAUAAUACCAACCCGGGUGGCAAGGAUGGCAGGGACGGCGGCGGGAAGAUGGGAGGUAGGAUAGGUGGUAGCAAGAGACAACCACCGCCUAUGCUCGAACGCUUGUAUGUCUGCCCGUGCUGUUUCAAAUAUAGUAGAGAAUUGGUCGCAUGGUGGGAGCAUGUUAGGUGCUGUGAGAAGACGUUCGAGAUGCCUGGGCGGAAGGUGUAUAAACAUCCCAAAGGCUUAAGAACGCGGAUGGUGAAGGUCCCUUCAGCAUUCUCGAGUAUUACUACGGCUACGGCUGCAGAGGUGGUUGGAAAGGGUAAGGGAAGGAAGAAGAGCGACGGAGGUGCAGGUGUGCCGACGGUAGAAGAAGUUGUUAGUGAUGACGGCGAGUGGAGCGUAUGGGAAGUUGACGGGGAGAAAGAUAGGCUUUUCUGUCAGAAUCUAUCCCUGUUCGCGAAGCUAUUCCUAGAUAACAAAUCGGUAUUCUUCGAUGUGACGGGGUUCAACUACUUUCUUCUCGUCUAUACACCCCCACCAACUCCCGACCCACAAACGUUCCCUUCUCUCGCCCCUACGUUUACCGAUAUAAUCCCAAUUUCUCAAUCAUCUACAACAACUAUUUCUAGUGCUUCCCAACAUACCCCAACGUCGCAGACGAGACCGCAGGUAGUGGGCUUCUUCUCAAAAGAGAAGCUAUCCUGGGAUAAUAAUAAUCUGGCGUGUAUCUUAGUGUUCCCACCAUGGCAGCGCAAGGGUCUGGGCGCCCUGCUCAUGGGUGUAUCGUAUGAGAUCUCCCGGCGCGAGGGCAUUCUAGGCGGGCCCGAGAAACCUAUAUCCGAACUUGGUAGGAAGGGGUACAAACGAUUCUGGGGAGGCGAGAUUGCGCGGUGGCUUCUAGAGCUCAAAAUACCGGAGGGGCAAGGAGAGGAUGAUACAGAAGGUGAGAGGGAGACGUUGAUCACUGUGGAAGAAGUCUCCAAGGCCACUUGGAUUGUGCCCGAGGACUGUCUCGCCGUACUCCGAGAGAUGGGCGUUGUAGAAGACGCGAGUCCUACCCCCGCCGAGACAGCUACUGCCAACGGGUCAACCGAACGGCGCGGCGGUAGCGUCAGCGACGGGGAUGUUGAAAUAGAAGAGGCGAAGACGACUCCCCGCGUAAGGCUUGAUAGGGAAGCUGUCAGGCGCUGGGUCAGCACGAAUAAGAUUGACCUUACCAAGACGUGCGACCCGGACGGCUUUGUUGAGGGGUACGCGGUUAGAGAGGGAGAGAGCGAGGAAGUGGAUGAAGAAUAG